AUGAGCCUAGUAGAUGUGUUUCCAGGAUAGUAUUUUUUUAAAGAUUGAUGAUAGUAUCAUCUAAUCGAAUAGUGUUUUGAUGAAAUUGUGAGUAUUGAAGAUUGAUAGUGUAAUAUCUUUCUCGUGGUUAUGAGUAAGUGAUAUGAGGUGCGACUAAAUAGUUUGGAAAAGCCAAAGGUUAUUCUGGAGUUUAUCACCUAAAUCUUUUGAUAACGGAAAGUAGUCCGGACAACUGAUGAUUGUGUAAUGCCUAUUGAUAUCCUGAGUUAGGCAGCAACCCAUAGCCAGUUAAGCCAUUCCUAUGCUUUUGUCCACGACGGCUAAAUUACUGAUCUGUAUUGUUUGCUUUCUUGACUUGGCUUACUCUGGUUGCUCAUUCCAUAUUAUGCUCCAGUACUAAUCAUAGUCUACUGCCUCUGUUGCCAUUUUGUAUGCUUUAAUUCUUUGUUAGAUUGAAUCAGUUUGCAAGAUUUAGCUUCAAAAUCUCUAUUUCGAAUCAGAACGUAGCCAAGCUGUUGUACAACAGUUGACGCGCAACAAUUACUCAUUUGAAAUGUUGUUCUGACCAGCUGACUGGUAGUAGACUUUUGACUGAUCUGAAUUCUUUCUUUGCCCUCCAGAAGUCUCUUUUUUUUUUUAAAUAGUUAUUGUGAACAUUAAUUUCAUUAAUCAUUGUGAAUUUCAUUAACAAAGGUAAGCAGAAACGAUAAACUCAUUAACCAACGCAUCAACUCUUUAGAGUGUGUGGAUCCGAAGUGGCCCAUAAGGUAUAUAAUUUGAAAGUUAGGUCACUAUAAGUGUUGUGUUGGAUGUGUAUUUAUGAAAAUUUCUUUACUUUUAGAUCGCUAUCCUAAUUAUUUUUAAUUUCCAUUUUUUGAAAUAUUCUAUUUUGAUCAUCAUACUAUAUAGUCCAAUUAAGCAACCUUUUCCCUCUUUUGAUUCUUUAUGCAAUUGCUUCUUCAACACUUAAACCAACCAACACUCACCACUACACCUACUUUACAAACUUUCUUUGGAUUCUUUUUCAAAAAAUUUAACCCUUUUUUUUUCAUUUGGCUACCUGGCCUUGAAGUUAAAGGAAAGUAAAAAGGGUGGUGUAAGCAAUGAUUGCUUAGGUGUAUAGGCCAUCCAAAUCCAACAUGCCAACCCUCUGCACAUUGCCAAAUAUCUUGUCAUUAAGUUUCAAAAAUCCACUUAUUUUUACUUAAACAAGUUGGUGUUAUGAUUAGGAGGGAAGAAAAAAGUAUUUGAAGGAUAUAUACGAGCUAAGGAGAUGUAUCAUUGAAGAAUAAAAACAAAGUUUUUCUCAUCUUUAAAAACUUGAAGAGAAGAGACAUUGCACUAAGUUUGCAAGAUAUAGCCAAUUUAUAAGAAGAUGACUACUGCAAGAUUCAUCAAAUGUGUUACUGUUGGUGAUGGAGCUGUUGGAAAAACUUGUAUGCUAAUUUCCUACACCAGUAAUACUUUUCCUACGGAUUAUGUUCCGACGGUGUUUGACAAUUUCAGUGCAAAUGUGGUGGUGGAUGGCAGCACCGUUAACCUUGGCCUGUGGGAUACUGCAGGACAAGAAGACUAUAACAGGCUAAGGCCAUUAAGUUACAGAGGAGCUGAUGUCUUUUUGCUUGCUUUUUCUCUAAUAAGCAAGGCAAGCUAUGAGAACAUUUACAAAAAGUGGAUUCCUGAGUUAAGGCACUAUGCUCCUACUAUACAAAUUGUUCUGGUGGGAACUAAACUUGACCUGAGGGAAGAUAAGCAAUAUUUAAGUGAUCAUCCAGGGGCUACUCCUAUAUCAACUGCCCAGGGAGAGGAGUUGAAAAAGAUGAUAGGAGCAGUUGCCUACAUUGAGUGCAGCUCCAAGACUCAGCAGAAUGUGAAAGCUGUAUUUGAUACUGCAAUUAAGGUAGCAUUGCGACCCCCUAAGGUGAAGAAAAGGCCCCAAAAACGAAGGACAUUAUGUGCAAUUCUUUGAAUUACUCCUUAAAUUUUCGAAUAGUAUUCAAUUAUAUUCUUAUCAUUUUGUAAAAGUAUAAGAGAAAAGCCUCAGUUGUAAUUUUCCUCUUUUUUUUUUUUUUUUAUUAUCUAGCUGUUAGGUUAAGUAUUAAAAAGUCCCUUUUAAACAUCUGUUCCAUUUAUAUAAUAAAAAUCUUGUAAUAG